GUGAACAUCAGACCACAUCCUCUAGUAUAAAGAGAGAGAUCAGAGAGCAUCACAGCACAGUAGACCCUGAACUACUGAGGUUACAUCAGUUAAAUAACCAUGAUCCUCUCCACAGCAGCCAGUUUCUGGACCUCUGCCAUGAUCCUUCUAUAUCUGCACUCAGGUGACUGUGCAGAGAUCAUUGGUGGAAAGGAGGUGAAGCCUCACUCCUUACCCUACAUGGCUCUACUGGAGGACAACAAAGGAAACAAAAUGUGUGGAGGAAUCCUGAUCCACCAGCAAUGGGUUCUGACUGCGGCCCACUGUACUGACAUCAACAAGGUGUUUCUAGGGGUCCACUCCAUCAAACAGGAGGAGAAGGAGACUAGACAGGUCCGUAAGGUGAAAGGUCGCGUCCCUCAUCCCUGUUAUGACCCCGAAUUCAAAGUCAACGACAUCAUGCUGCUGAAGUUGGAUAAGAAAGUAAAGCCGACUAAGGCGGUGAGACCUCUAGCGUUACCUGUCCCUGUGCCAGACGUCCAAGCAGGGACCCCCUGCUCAGUGUCUGGAUGGGGAGCCACCGAGAACAAUGCUAAAACCAUGUCUGACGUCCUGAAAUCUACCAACGUCACCGUGAUCGACAGGAGAAAAUGUAACUCUGCAGACUACUACAACAUGACCCCAAUCAUCACCUACAGCAUGCUGUGUGCCGGCUCUGUGGACAAGACCAGGGUGGACUCAUGUCAGGGAGACUCUGGUGGCCCGUUGGUGUGUGGAGGUGAACUAAGGGGAGUCGUGUCGUUCGGUACAAAAUGUGGCAUCAAGACCAAACCUGGGGUGUACACACUCAUAUCGAAAAUGUACCUUGACUGGAUCAACAAAACCAUGAGGAAGUCACUGAUUGACUGAUUGAUACCUGCUUUUCUCAAUAAUUUGUGAAACUAUUUAAUAUUUACUGAAUUUGAAUUAUAGCUCACGUGCUGGAAGCUGUGAAGUAUGUUUGAACUCUUGCCAAGCUUUGUGUGAAGAUGUGCAGUGAUGUAAUGUGAACCUAGGCAUGUGAUGUAGGUACAAAAUGGGAAAAUAUGUGUAACCGAUGUGAACUCUCUCUGAGACCUUGAAGUUGCUGUUGCUCUGCAAGGCUCUUUUGUGGAGCGAUGGGUAACGAUAUUUCGAGGGUGGCUGUCAUCGAUGUGUGCAGAAGGGCCCUGGUUCGAUCCCAGGUCGGGGCGAGGAGAGGGAUGGAAGCUAUACUGUUACAUAUGGACAAAGGAAUUGCUGACAAAAAUUAAAAUGUGAAAACAAACAGACAUUUCAGGCGUUUUACCAUCCUUUUAAAUGGCCUACUAUGUAUUCAACCUGACAUGUCACGUCUUGUUCUAGUUGGAAAUAAAUCACGUGCGAUAGUUCAA